AUGCUUGACGCCCGACUGAAUUUCAAGCAACAUGUGAAACGAGUAAGUGACAAAGCAUCUGUAGUGAGAACUUGUCUUGCACGAUUGAUGCCUAACAUCGGCGGACCAAAACAGAGCAGAAGACUCACACUUUCAUUAGUGGUUGCGUCAGUGCUCACUUAUGGAAUACCUAUUUGGGCAGACGCAUUAGAGGUCCAAGAAUCAUGGAGGAAAGCUGGUCCCGUUUACCGCUUGAGUGCGUUACGAAUAGUAUGCGGCUUCCGCACAUAUCUGAGGAAGCGGUAUGUGUCAUUGCCGGGACUCUGCCUCUUAGAGUCUUAG